GAGAUAGCGAAAUUGAAAUGCCCGCCACCUCCUUCUUCUCUACUAUUUGAAAGCUCGUGAAUACACACACACACACAUAUAUAUAUAUUUCAUGUUUUGCAAACUUGUUUUCUGAUGAACGGCAAUGGCAGUCUCAAUCUCAAACACCUCAAAAAAUCUAUCUGCUCCUCCACUCUCCAUCUCAAACACCAUUCUCUCAGCCCACCAUUCACUUCCCUCCAAUGCGGAACCAUCUUCCAAUCUCUCACCAAAACCAAAUCCUUCCCAAAAGGCCAGCAGCUCCACGCCGUCUCUGUCACCGCCGGAAAUCUCAUCAACAACACCUAUCUCAGCACCAAGCUCGCCGCUUUCUACGCAAACUGUGGUAAAAUGCCCCAAGCGCAACUGAUUUUUGAUGGGAUUGUACUGAAAAACUCGUUCCUGUGGAAUUUCAUGAUCAGGGGAUAUGCCUGCAACGGAUGUCCGUUCAAGUCUCUGGUUUUGUACCGUGAAAUGCUUAGUUUUGGACAGAAGGCGGACAAUUUUACCUACCCUUUUGUUCUCAAGGCGUGCGGUGAUCUGUUGGUUGUGGAAAUUGGGAGGAGGGUUCAUGGGGAGGUUGUGGUUAGUGGGUUGGAGUCGGAUGUUUAUGUGGGUAAUGCUCUUCUGGCAAUGUACUCCAAGUUCGGGGAUAUGAGGUUGGCAGGGAUGGUGUUCGAUAGAAUGCCUGGGAGAGAUCUAACUUCUUGGAACACAAUGAUUGCGGGUUGUGUGAGAAAUGGUGACCCAACAGAGGGUUUAGCAGUUUUUGAGGAAAUGGGGAAGGCGGGAUUGAGAGCAGAUGGGACAACUUUGCUUGGGAUACUCUCUGGUUGUGCUGAGUUGAUGGCCUUGAAGGAGGGGAAAGCAGUUCAUGCAUAUGUGGUUCGAAACAGUGGUGAAAUACAUAACGAGUUUUUGACCAAUUCUCUUAUUGAGAUGUAUUGUAAGUGCAAGUCUGCGGCUUAUUCGAGGCGAUUAUUUGAUGGGGUGAAAUUGAAAGAUACUGUGUCAUGGAACUCUAUGAUCAGUGGUUAUGAGCAGAAUGGAGAUGCUUUUGAAAGCUUGAGACUUUUCUGCCAAAUGGUUAUGGAAGGUGCAGAGGUUGAUGAAGUAACUGUCACAAGUGUGCUCGGAGCUUGUGACCAGAUCAGCGCCUUGCAAUUUGGCAUGUCUGUUCAUUCAUGCAUUGUCAAGAAAGGGUUUGGUGGAAAUAUCUUUGUGGGAACUGCCCUUGUAGACAUGUAUUCUAAAUGUGGAAGUUUGUCUUGUUCCCGUUUUGUUUUUGAUGAGAUGCCUGUAAAAAACUUGGUUUCUUGGAGUGCUAUGGUUUCAGGAUAUGGUGCUCAUGGGAGGGGAGAAGAAGCAAUCUCUUGUUAUCACGAACUGGUAGCAAAUAAUUUCACUCCAGAUGAAGGGGUUCUCACUUCUGUUUUGUCAGCAUGUAGCCAUGCCGGCCUAGUCAAUGAAGGUAAAGAUAUUUUUAAUAGAAUGACGGUAGAAUACAAUGUGAAGCCUGGACUUGCUCACUAUUCAUGUUUGGUGGAUCUUCUGGGAAGAGCAGGGCGCGUAGAUGAAGCAUAUGAGCUCAUUAAGACCAUGCAGGUAGAACCUAGCAGUGAUAUAUGGGCUGCACUUCUUUCUGCUUGCAGGUUACACAAGAAUGUUAUGCUGGCGGAGAUUGCUGCACAAAAUGUUUUUGAAAUGAACCCAAAAGGAGUGGGGAGCUACAUUUGCCUUUCCAACAUUUAUGCUUCUGAGAAGAGAUGGGAUGAUGUGGAAAGAGUGAGAGCUGUGGUGAGAAGGAAGGGACUGAAGAAACCACCCGGCUGCAGCUUUGUGGAGUUAGAUAGGAUGGUUCAUAGGUUUUUAGUUGGAGAUAAGUCACACCCACAGACACGAGAUAUUUAUGCCAAGUUAACAGACUUGAAUCUGCAGCUCAAGGAGGCUGGAUACAAGCCAGACACCGCUUCAGUGUUCUAUGACGUUGAAGAGGAAGUAAAGGAGAAAAUGCUUUGGGAUCAUAGCGAGAGACUGGCAAUUGCUUUUGCCCUUAUUAACACACAACCUGGGACAACAAUCAGGAUAACCAAGAAUCUUCGUGUAUGUAACGAUUGCCACACAGUAACAAAAAUGAUCUCUAUGCUUAUGAAUCGAGAGAUUAUAAUGCGAGAUAUCCACAGGUUCCACCACUUUAGACAUGGAGUAUGCUCUUGUGGGGAUUACUGGUGAAUGAUUCUGUCAUGAGAU